UUAUAACUCGGCCGAAACACACACAGCUCUAAGAAAGAGACGUUUGAAAUAAUAUUUAAUCAAAUUGCCAACGUAAAUAUCCCUUAACUUAUCAACACAGAAAUGCAUGGACCCGGCAGAGGAUUUAGACCCGGACCUGGACCGGCCAGGGUGAAUGUGGUAAUGCGACCGCCCGGACCACCUCGACAAGUAAAUGUAAAUAUUAAUGCACCACGACGUCCCGUGGUAAAUGAGGUUGUCGUAGUAGGCGGUGCGCCACCGUUACUGCCAGGUGCCGGCAUGAUGUUGGGCGCAUCAAUGGUUGCUGGCGCGGCGAUGGGUGCAGUGGCCGCCUCGGCUAUGAGUGGACCCAGAGAAGUUAUAGUAAAUGCACCACCGCCACCACCAUCGACGGUGAUUGUUAAUACGCCGGGCGCACAACAGCCGGUUGGUUAUUCUGGUAUGGGUGGAGGGCCACCUUCAACUACAGUGAUUAUAGAAGGUAAUGCUCAAAGAAUGCCGCCGCAACCGUCGACAACAGUUAUGUAUUUGUAAAUAUUUGUAGAUCUAAAUAAAUUAUUAAACUCGUUAAACAA